UCUACAUAUUUGUGCAUUGACCAUGAAAUGUGGCUUUCAUCAUACGCAAAGAAUUUUCGAUCGUCGUAUAAUGGAAAUUUUACCGAACUUAAUUGAAAAGAACCGAAUUCUCGAAUUUGAAAUUCAGUUUCGCAAAUUGUCAAAAUAUUUUUUUCUGGAAAAUCACGACGGUAUGUUUUCUUUAUUUGAAAGGUGCAUGAGAAAUAACCGGAAAGAAAUAUUUGAUAUUUUGAAUGAAUCUUGUGGCAGAAACGACCUAGGAACUCUUGCUGCUUUAGAACACGUGUUGAAUUAUCCAAACUCUGUACCAGAGCGUUAUGUUCGCGAAUUGUUAAAUAAGUAUUGUUGUGUUAAGGAUCGUGACAAUUUUUUGGUCAAAACUGCUGGAGUGAAGUACAUUCAAGCCAUGAAACUUUUCCUAGACAAAGAAUUUGACGUCAACGCACAACAAAUCGAUGGUUGUACCCCACUCCAUAAGGCAUUGAUGACAAAUCCGGAUACCAAGAGUGAGGAACUAAUUACUAUCUUACUAUGUUAUGGUGCUGAUCCUUCGGUUAACGCUAAUACUGGAUACAGUUGCUUUGAACUAGCGGUAAUCCACAAACAUGCAGAGUUUGUCCAAGAGAUGCUACUGGAGUUUACCAUUGACAGUCAUUCAAAACUUGAACUGUACUUCAGUGUGCUUCUACAACUGGCCAAACUAAAAUCGCCAUUUUUUCACAAACUCAUAAAUCAUGAUACAGAAUUCUUACUGGAAGAAGACACUCGAAUGGCCUAUGUGGAAAAUCUUAAACAGUUGCUUCUAAUUGAAACCGACUAUUUAAAAAUUAUUUUAGAAAAGUGUGGCUAUCUCUGUUGCGAAAUUUUUGAGAAGUACGUUCUUUACAAACCUCGUCAUAUUUUAGACAUCGAAAAAAGUUUAUACUCGGAGUGGAUUCUGUCAACUUUGGAUUUGCUUCUUCAAGGUAGUGCAGACUUGAAUCAAUCUGUUACCGAUUUUAUUGAUAGCUUAGACAGCUGCAGAGUUUUUACUUGUUGCCCUGAAAAUAAAACUGAAGCAGAAGUUACUGAAAUAUUUGCUUAUCUACUCAUACACGGUUUAAGAGCAAAUCAAGAAUUUUUAGAGAGUGUGUUUCAAAAAUAUGGGUAUUGCCAACUAUUCAAGCUUCUCUUACAUAUGGAUGUCGAACCUCAUAAAGAAGCAUAUCUGAAUAGAAAAAAUGCAUUGGUAUCCUAUAUUUCCGAAAUUAAUUUAACUUUAGAUGCAUUUUAUCACACUAAAUAUGGGGCAAAGUCUUUGUUAGCAUUAGUAAAUUAUUCUGUUGAUCCCAAACUGCUUGAAAUUGUUUCAAAAAGGCUACCGGAUGAAACACUGCUAAUAACAGAAAUUUAUCCACGCGUACCAAGUUUGGUCGAAAUUGCCCGAAAUUCUUUCAGAAAGUAUUUUGUUACUAAACUUCAUAUUAAAAGUACUAGACAAUUUUAUACUCUUCUCAACCAUCUACCCAUCAGUGAUAUGCACAAGAAAAUUAUUAGUUUGGAAAUAAAAUUAUAUGAUUAUUAAAUUUAAAUAAACAGUAAAUGUAGUUCAU